AUGAAACCUGUAUUGACAUUUGCCUUGGCUGCAGGCUGCACCGACAUUUAUGAAGACUUCUUUAUGGGAUCUGUUCAUGUUAAAGAUGUUGCCCUAGCGCACAUAUUGUUGUAUGAGAACACAUCAGCAACUGGAAGGCACCUGUGUGUUGAAGCUAUCUCUCAUUAUGGUGACUUUGCUGCCAAGGUUGCAGAACUUUACCCUGAAUAUAAUCUGCCCAGGUUGCCUAAGGAUACCCAACCCGGAUUACUAAGGUCGAAGAAUGCAUCCAAGAAGUUGAUGGACUUGGGUCUACAAUUCAUUCCCAUGGAGCAAAUCAUCAAGGAGUCUGUUGAGAGUUUGAAGAUCAAAAACUUUAUAUCCUAA